UGGUAAAUUAUUUGAUUAAAAUGGCUGCUGCCCCAGGUGUUAGUUAUCCGGAUGUAUUUCAAAUCAAGACACGGACAAAGAAAGCGUUGGAAAGAGUUUUAAAUAGGUUUGAAGGCAGAAAGGACAUUGUGGUAGACCCAGAUUUGAUGAGGCCACUGGACAGACUGACAGGAGGGGCCUCAUUCUUAAAGGAAAAUGGGGUUGAUAAAAUAUUCAAACUCGACAGAACAGACAAAAACAAAAGUCUUGUGGGAUGUAACAGGCGGAUGUACCUGGUUCGACCCAAGGUUAACUUAAUUAAAAUCAUUGCCGACCAGAUCUCAAACGAGCAACUCAGGGGAGAGAACCGCCGAUACAGGAUCAUCAUGGUUCCUAGGAAGUUGUUCCUGUGUGAGACAUUGCUGGAGCAGGAGGGGGUGUUUGGCCUCUGUGAACUUGAUGAACUUGACCUUGACCUCUUACCCCUAGAUGCAGACAUCAUGUCCAUGGAAGCACCAGACUUCUUCAAGUCAUACUAUAUGGACAAUGACCUGACAGGCCUCCACACAGUAAGUCGAGGGCUGCUGUCUAUAGAGAGAAUCUUCGGGGAGAUACCCAACAUCUACUGUCUUGGUAGAGCAGGAAAAAUGUGCUAUGAGCUACUGAGGCGGUUGAGUGGUGGGGAAAAGCUGAUCACCCCAGACUAUCCUCGCUCAGAGAUUGGUCACAUGUUCCUCAUAGACAGAGAGGUAGACCUUGUGACACCCCUAUGCACCCAGGUCACUUAUGAGGGUCUGCUUGACGACAUGUUUGGUAUCCAUUGUGCGUGUGUCGAGUUUGGGUCUGAGGUCACUAGCAAACAACAGCCGGUCAAGGUCAUGUUGACCAGCCAGGACCAGAUGUACGACACAAUACGCAACAGACAUUUCACCACUGUGUUUGAUUAUCUGAGAAGUCAGGCACAAACUCUCCAGUCACUCUCGGAUAAACGUAAGGACAUGAAGUCAGUACAGGAUAUGAAGGAGUUUGUGGCUAACGAUCUACGUCAGCUCAACCAGCAGAAAGCUAACCUCUCGUACCAUAUUGGGGCCUGUGAGCAGAUUAUUGGCCAGAAGAAUAAAGGAGAUUUCCAGGAAUACAUACAGACUGAGCACAGUUUAUUAGAGGGAUCCUCAAUGCGGGAGAAUGUCAACUAUAUUGAAGAAAGCAUAAAUAAACAGGACUCUAAACUGUCUUGCCUAAAGCUGUUGUGUCUGUUGUCCCUAACCCUGGAUGGCAUCCCAUCUAAAGAAUACAAGUCCUUGAAAACACAAUUUGUGCAGAGCUAUGGGUUUGAGCACAUGAUCACAUUCCACAACCUGAAAAAGGUUGGGUUGUUACGGGAACAGGAGGUGCCCGCAGGCUCCAAGGUCACGGCAGGGGUCGCAGCCAUCACACGCUCCAGUGCAUUCAAGUCACUGAGGAAACGCCUCAAUCUGAUUCCUACAGUGGAUGUGGACCUCCGCAGUCCGUGUGACAUGUCCUAUGUGUUCAGUGGGGCCUACACUCCCCUCUCAUGUAAACUGGUUGAACAGGUGUUACAGCGGGAGGGUUUCCUUGGACUGGAGGAGAUAACUCGCCAUUUGCCAGGUGGCGUACAUGACGACAUUAAGUUAAGAACACCUGGAAAAGGUGGGAAGGCCAUGAGCAACCAGCCAGGUCGUGCGGCCAAGGUGGUGCUGGUCUACUUCAUCGGGGGCUGUACAUACUCUGAGAUAGCUGCUCUCAGGUUCCUUGGCAAGCAAACAGGUUACCAGUUUAUAAUUGCAACCACCAGCUUGUAUAAUGGAAGCAGCCUGCUGGAAACUGUGAUGGAGAAAUCUCAGGUGUAGCAACCGAGUGACAGUCAAUCAUGCAACAUGCUUGAUAGAAUCAUAUACAUCCUCAUAUCAUUACCUGUGAUAAGAACCUACUUUCACUGUGUUGGAACUUUUACAAAUCAUUAAGACAAACCUGGGACCAAAUUAUGGGAUUUGCAUGUUUCUAUCUUCCUUGUGUUGAAUCUGUGUUGAUAUCAUGUCAGGUAGAUAGUAAUCUUUCUUAUCUCUAUGGUCACAUGCUCAUUAUAUACAAUCAAAAACAUGUAUUUUUACUGAUGAAGGCAUAAUGCCGAAACCUUUAGAUAGAAAGGUUUUUGGAAAAAUAACUUGUUGUUUUUAUUUUUUAUAUAUAUUAUUUACAUAAUGAUGAUAAACAUUCAUAUCAAAAUCCUUUUGUAUUGACUGCAUCUUCCUUAGCACUUGUGUAAUGACAUUUGUUUAUGUAUAGACGCAGUAUAUGCACCGUUUAUUCAUGCUCCUGUAUACUAAUGGCAUUCUUUGGUUGUUUGGAAACUUCUGGACAUUGCAAAAAGAUAUUUCUUUUGUUAUCAUGAAGAUUGUACAUGUACAAGGUUGUUGUUUUGCUUGGUUAAUUGUUCUCCAUUAAUGUUUAUUGAUAGCUUAACUGAAAUUGCCACAUUAUACUUUCUUUUAUAGUAAAUGUAUUGUAUAAGUAAUUUAACAUUAUAACCAUGUAUAUGUUGAUAUGUUAUGUUUAUGUUUUGACCAUUUGUGCAAUAUUGGAGUGUUUUAUACAUUUAAUAAAGGAAUUUAAACAGAAGUAAACUCCUAACAUUAUGAAAAAGAAUAAAACAUAAACAAACAUA